UAGGACCUGAGCUGAACUGAACUGUACUGAAAUUAAGCUGAACAAAACAGGCCCUAAUUUUAAUUUCAUUGCUAUAUUGAUGUAAUAUUGCCUUAUAGUUAUUUGAUAUCAUUUGUUCUCUUGUGGCUAUUGUCUUUCACAGAUUAAGAGGAAGCUGCCAAAGGUUAACCGUCAUCUCGUACGUACUCUUCUCGAGGAUGAAGAAGAAGCAGCUGAAAAUGAUGCUGAUAAAAAGAAAUCCUCAAAGAAAACGAAGGGAUUGAACAGUGACAUACUGAACGAUGAUAGAUUUGCGGAGUUGUUUGAGAGGUCGAGGAAGGGGUAGAGGAGGAGGGGGUGGAGGGGGUAGAGGAAGAGGUCGACAUUGAGGUUAUUGAGUUUUAACUCGUUAAGGUGGAAAAUUUUGUUUCUUUCUUCUGCCAUGCAAUUUCUGACAGUAUUUUUUAUUUCAUUGUGUCUUUAAUAAUAUUAUAGUGUUUUCUUCAAAUGAAAAAAAAUAUGCGAGUAGAUAGAAUCUAUAACCAGUUUUUUUUUUCUUUUUAAUCUGUAAUCUAAUUUGUUUUAUUUAUUUUAAUUUUAAUACUUAAUAUUUUGAUUAGGUAUGCCAAAAUAGCUCCUCCACUGGUUUUUAGUAAUACAUAUUGAUGAGCAUCUUUAGAUAAGAAUUUUGACAAAUUUGCUUGCAUCAUAGGCUUAAGCAUGCUUUCGCACUGAAACACCUAGCAUGCUGUUGUUAUUGCAGCUAGGGGGGUUUUACAUAUGGACAUACACUUUUCACUUGGUAAAGAGUUCAUCCAUUAAGUUUAAGGCACUAAGAGCCGCAAAAGAGGAGGCUGCAAGGGAUUCAAACGACGACUUAGAAGCUGAUGUAAAAGCCCAUCUUCUCAACGGAGAGAGUGAAGGGUAUGAUGCAGAAAGCCAUCCUGUAUCACCUAAGAAGGAAAGCGAGCCCCUUUGGAGGAAGAUAAUCGAGUUUCUACACCUAAUAUUGGAGGAACUAAUGGCACCUCCUAGCGCUGGUGCAGUGAGUCUCUCUUCUAUCUAUAAACAUAAACUUUUAGAGACUUUGUAUGGUGAAAUAGCAAUGUAUGUAGCACCUUGCAUUAAUCUGCUUGAAAUGCUACUACUAAAUGUUUAAGACUACUUUCUUUUCGAUCCUAUAUGCCAUGAACUUUCAAUAUUUAGCUGACAAUAGUCCUAGGAUUGGUUUGUACAUCCAAAGUCCAGACAGGCCUAACAAUAACCAUUGCAAUAACAACUACGGAGUAAAAUAUUUAUAAUGGUACAUCCAAAGUCCAGACAGCCCAGGAGUUAGGCAAAGGACGUGGCUUUUCAUGUAGUCCUUCGACUAGCUUAUGCAAUUUUAUGCUUUUGAUCUAGAUUAUUGGACUCAUUUUUGGAGCUACUACUUGGUUGAGGGGCCUUGUUAUAGGGGAUGGAGCUCCACUUCAAGUGAUACAAGAUUCCC